CAGAAACCUCCCACCCUCAGGCUGAAGCUGCCCCCCGCCCUCCAGCAUGCAGGUCUCCGCAGCACUCCUGGGGCUGCUGCUGGCAGCAGCCACCUUCAGCCCCCAGGGCCUUGCUCAGCCAGAUUCCGUUUCCAUUCCCAUCACCUGCUGCUUUAAUAUGGUCAGUAGGAAAAUCUCCAUCCAGAGGCUGGAGAGCUACACCACAGUCACCAACAUCAAGUGUCCCCAGGAAGCUGUGAUCUUCAAGACCAAACUGGGCAAGGAGGUCUGUGCCGACCCCAAGGAGAAGUGGGUCCAGGAUGCCGUGAAGCGUCUGGACCAAAAGUCCCAAACCCCGAAGCUUUGAACUUUCUUCACACCUGGACUGAGAGAUCAAGCCAGAAGAAAACCUUAUUUAUUUUCCCCCAACCUUCCCCAGAUGCAGUGUGACAUUAUUUUAUUAUAAUUUCCAAACAGAGGCACUUUGUUCAAUAAUUUAAUGCACAA